AUGAGUCAACAAGAAACAUCAUCUGAUAUGAUUGAUAAUAAUAAUCAAACGACUGGUGGUGGAGAUGAAGCAAUGAUUGAAUCUCCAGUACUCACCUCUGAAAUUAAUGUUCAACAACCAACACAACAAGAAGAAUCACAACAACAACAACAACAAACAAGCCUUGUUGCCGAAGAUGAAGCACAAAACAAUACCUCAUCUUCAUCUUCAUCGAAUACAACAAAUGAAGAGAAUGUUCCUUCCUCUAAUAACCAUACAAAUACUGAUAACAAUGUUCAAAAUGUUCAAUCAACAAGUGUAAAUACAAAGAAGGAACAAGAAAUUGAUACUACAAAACCAAAAGGAGAAUAUAUCAUCGGAGGAGCUGAUGAUGAUGAAGAAGAAGUUUAUGUUCCUAAAUAUCAGAGUGAUUCUCCACCUUUACAACUUGAAUGGAAAGAUCUUAGUUACAAAGUUAAACAACCAAUUGAUGCUCCUGCUCAUUUGAGUGUUCCUCAAAAGAUUGGAUUUAAACUGAAGAAUAUGUUCAAAAAGAAGGAAAAGGUUAUUUUGCACGAAAUGUCUGGAUUUGUAAGUCCUGGAAGUACUCUUGCUAUUAUGGGUCCUAGUGGUGCUGGUAAAACAUCUCUCUUGAAUAUUCUUGCUCAACGUGUUAAGGAAACAUCUGGUGAUAUCACUGUAAAUGGUGUCAAGAUUAGUAGUAGUUUCCGUUCUUUGUCUGCAUUCGUUCAACAAGAUGACGUUCUUAUGGGUAAUUUGAGUGUUAGAGAAACAUUACGUUAUGCAGCUCUUUUACGUUUACCAAAGACAAUUUCAUGGAAGGAAAAGAUGGAACGUGUUGAAUCAAUUAUGGAUGAAUUGGGUCUCUUAAAGAGUGCUAAUACUAAAGUUGGUACACCUGGUUUAACUAAGGGUAUUUCAGGAGGUGAAAGAAAACGUUUGAGUAUUGCCAUUGAAUUAUUGACACAACCAAGUAUUUUAUUCUUGGAUGAACCUACAAGUGGUUUGGAUGCUGCUACAGCUUACAGUGUCAUGAAAACAAUUAUCAAAAUUUCAAAGGGUGGUAGAGCUGUCAUUUUAACUAUCCAUCAACCUCGUUCCAAUAUUUAUGAACUUUUUGAUAAGUUACUUCUUUUAGCUCGUGGUAAGAUUGCUUAUUUCGGUCCAGCUAAAGAUGCCACUACAUAUUUCGGAAAUGUUGGUUAUCCAUGUCCAAAACAAUAUAACCCAGCUGAUCACUUUAUUGAUCUAAUUACUGAAUCUACUAGUGACACUGGUGAAGGUAAAAAAUUGAAACAAGAAGAUAAUGAACGUAUUGAAAAGAUUCUUACAAAUUAUAAUCACACUGAAGUUGCUCCAUCAGUUGAUCACUUGAAGACUGAUAUUAAGAAAGCCAAGUAUAAUGCCAAUUGGUUUACUCAAUUCUUCGUUGUGAUGGCAAGAGCAUUUGUUAAUAUUUUACGUGACAAGAUUUUAACAUUUUCAAGAUUAUUCCAGAAUUUAGCGAUGGCUAUUCUAGUCGGUUUGAUCUUUUUACAAAUUGGUUAUGAUCAGCAAUCUGUUCAAGAUAGAAAUGGUGUUCUCUUCUUUUGUUUAGUUAACCAAUCUAUGAAUUCCAUUUUUGGUUCAUUAACAGUUUUCCUUUUAGAAGAAAAGAAAGUAUUUUUAAGAGAACGAGGUUCUAAAAUGUACAAAGUGAGUGCCUAUUAUCUUGGUAGAAGUAUCAGUGAAUUGCCAAAUAUUAUCUUCUUCCCAAUCCUAUUUGGUACAAUUGUUUAUUGGAUGUGUAAUUUGAAUCCAGGUGCAGAUCGAUUCUUUGUUUUCCUUUUAAUUUUAGUUUCAAUGGCUUUAGCUGCUCAAGCUCUUGGUAUGGUGUUAGCUGUAUGUGCACCUUCAAUGGAAUUUGCAACUGCUAUUGCACCUGUAUUGUUAACAGUUUUGAUGUUGUUUGGUGGUUUGUACAUGAAUGUUGAUAAUAUUCCACCAUACUUUAUUUGGAUUUAUUGGUUAUCUAUUUUCCACUUUGGUUAUGAAGCAUUGGUAUUGAAUGAAUUUGGUGGUGCUACUUUUGAAUGUCCACCAUCUCCAUCUGCAUGUACCUAUAGAACUGGUGAAGAUGUUAUUAGUAGAAAUGCUAUGAAUAAGCCAUACUCAAACAUUUGGUUCAAUCUUGGUUUAUUGUGGGCCUUCUUUUUAGUUUAUCGUUUUAUGGCCUACCUCAUUCUCGUAUUUGUUGUCAAACCAAAGAAAGGAUAAAUCUUUCAACUCUAUGUGUAAAUAAAAAACCUUUUAUC